AUGAUGGGCGCUGGAAACUCUAGCAGGAGGUACAAUCGAAAUGUGUCGGGUUCUCGAGAUAGGAAGACAUCUGAUGGACCGAAUUGCCGACAGCACAGGAUAAAAGAUCCGCCUCAAUUGAUGUCUCAUACUUACCACGCUUCGAACUCGCAGGCAGCGCCAUUUGGACCCCACUUUUCUGUAGUAACUAGGAACGAAGGGCGCUCCGAACGGCAACAUGAAGUACAAGACUAUCGGAGGUACGACCCUGAUGUCCCUGACGACACUGAUGCUGAUGAUGGAACAGAAGGCUACCCACAUGCUAAUGAUUAUCAUCAGGAUUUGAAUAAUGCUAGACGGUCUUCAUCCGCGUCGAUGCAUGAGUUAGAAUAUAGAAGAUACUAUCGAGAAUAUGUAAGAGUACGCGAAGGACAGUCUGGACACUCAGUCAGUGUGUCAGGUUCUCGAGAUAGAAAGACAUCGGAUGGACCGAAUUACCGUCAGAAUAGGAUAGAAGAACCGCCUCCAUUGAUGUCUCAUAAUUACUACGCUUCGAACUCGCAGGCAGCGCCAUCUGGACCCCACUUUUCUGAAAUAACUAGGAACGAAGAACGUUUAGAAGUGCGACGUUCUUAUUAUGACCAAGUUAGAGAUGAUCACCAAAGUAAGCACAGAGGCGGUACCGGGAAUGACGGCUGGAAUGGACCCGCGCAUUCUCCAACUGCAGGGUACAUUCCAACUGUCAGACAAAACAACGUUCAUAUCAUUUCAAAUGGACAGAAUGACGGAUCCGAACGGCAAGACUAUCGAAGGUACGACCCUGACAACACUGAUAAUGAUGAUGGAACAGAAGGUUACCCAUAUGCUAAUGAUUAUCAUCAGGAUUUGAAAAAUGCUAGACGGUCUUCAUCCGCGUCGAUGCAUGAGUUAGAAUAUAGAAGAUACCAUCGAGAAUAUGUAAGAGGACGCCAAUUUCAAGGACAGUCUGGACACUCAGUCAGGACACGAUUCAGCACGAAUGACGAUACGUUUAUUUGUCCAACCUGUGGCAAAAUAAUUGGGCUCCAAAUCUACAAAUGCAGGAAUGAACAUAAUUCUUGUAAAAACUGUAAAAAAAACUGCCAUCCAUGUGGGAUAUGCGGCGACGAUAUCACUCGCGAGAGAAAUAUAACACUGGAGACAAAUCUUGCCAAGAGAAAAAUACCGUGUCUCCAUCACACUUACGGUUGUAAGCUUGCCUUCAAAAUUACAGAAAUGGAGUCUCAUAUCAUGGAAUGCCCAUUCCAAGAACUUCAGUGUCCCCUUGGAUGUCACUGGAGAGGACAAGUGCAGGAAUUAUGUGCACAUUUCAACGGCUUCCAUUUCGAACAGCGUUCUGUAGAUGUGGCUUCUGAAGUGAAACUCCGAGAUCUUUCUAAAAACAGCCAAAAUGUUUAUUUAAUUACUAUCGGGUACUACAAUUUUUUGUACUACGUGAAGUCGUCAGUAGAAGACCGCAAGAUAUUUAUGACGGUUCAACUGAUAGGUACGAAAUGCAGCGCAUUGAAGUGGUGUUACGAAGUGCAUGUCUAUAAUAAGAACGAGGCUCUGAGAAAAUGUAUAUUGACCGACGUUUGCACUUCGUUUGUUGAGCCCGUGGAAAUGUUAUAUAAGAAGGGGCAGGGUUCUGUGCUAAACCACACGUAUGCUUCCACGUUUAUCAAUCAAGGUUUUCUGACUUAUAAGAUUUAUAUACGCAAAAAUCUUUGA